AUGGCGGCCGAGCAGUCACCUAAGAACUCGAGCUGGCGCUAUACAAUAAAGAUGCAAUCAGGGAUGGGCCUUUAUGACUUCAUCCAGACUGACAAUAUAGUGACCGAGAACUACCAGCACAUGUUGGCUUUGAUAUUUGCUGUGAAAGAAAUCAAUGGAAAUGCCCAAAUGUUACCCAAUGUUACCCUGGGAUUUAAUAUUUAUGAUAGUCACCUGAAUAUAAAGUGGACUUACCAUGCAGCAAUGCAAUUGAUUGCUCCAAAUAGCAAACUUUUGCCCAACUACAAGUGCAUAAUUCAAGACAAUCUUUAUGCGGUUAUUGAAGAAUUGAUCUCAGAUAUCAUACAUCAGUUUCCAAUUCUUGUGAGUCUUUAUAAAAUUCCACAGCUCAUGUAUGGAUCUGCUAGAGUUGAAGCAGGGGAUGCCAAUCUCCCUUCCUUCUACCAAAUGGUUCCAAAUGGAAUUUAUGAGUAUAGGGGUAUCCUCCACUUACUUCUACAUUUCAAUUGGAGAUGGAUUGGAUUCUUGGUGGCGAAUGGGAUGGACUUAGAUUGGUUUUUACAGAUCCUGGUACCUGAGUAUUCCAAAAAAGGCAUUUGUUUUGCCUUCAUAGAGUUAUUCGACAGUUCAUGUUACAAUGCCAAUAAUGGAUUUUUUUUCAACUGUAUAAUAGCAUUUUAUGUCAAAAUAAUGGGCAAUGAAGCCAAUGUCUUGAUUUUUAAUGGAGAUACACAUUCCAUGAUCAUUUUGAGAUAUUUACUAAAUACUGAAUACAAAGAACUAUUUGGAACCCAAAAAGGGAAAGUAUGGAUCCUGACGAUUGGGAUGGAGUUGAGAUACUUUGCCAGUAAAAAAACCUGGGAUUUGCAGGACUUCCAUGGUGCGAUAUCAUUUACAACUCAUGCCAAAGAACUGAAAGGAUUCCGGCAACAUAUUCAGGAUCUAAAGCCUUCUGUUGUAAAAGAAGAUGGUUUUAUCAAGGAUUUCUGGACUCAAGCAUUUGGAUGUGCAUUUCAAGAUUCUGAUCUGGGAGAUGAGAAGGAGAAUAUUUGCAGUGGAGAGGAGAAUUUAGAGAGCCUCCCUGAACAUGUUUUUCCAAAAAGAGUAACAGGCCACAGCUAUAGCAUCUACAAUGCUGUGUAUGCUGUGGCUCAUGCUCUGCAAGCCAUGUAUUCCUCCACAUCUGGAAGAAACUCGCGGAGAAUUGUGUUAAAUAGCACUGUGUGGCGAUUGUACACAUUAUUCCAUUUUAUGAAAUCUGUAUCAUUUAACAACAGUGCUGGUGAAAGGAUUUUCUUUGAUCAGAAUAGGAAGUUAGUUCAAGAACUUGACAUCAUCAACUGGGUUACAUUUCCCAAUCAAUCAUUCACUCUAGUGAAAGUUGGGAAAAUGGAUCCUCAAUCUCCUCCAGAGAAAGCAUUCACUAUUAACGAAGAUGCAAUAGUAUGGCACAGCUGGUUUAACCAGGCAUUGCCUCUUUCUCUCUGUAAUCCUUUUUGCCAACCUGGAACUAGAAAAAGAUGGAAAGAAGGGAAACCUUUUUGUUGUUAUGAUUGUAUUACAUGCCCCAAAGAAUCAAUAUCCUAUCACAAAGACAUGGCUGACUGUGUCAAGUGCCCUGAUGAUUACUAUGCUAAUGAAGAUAAGAACACCUGUAUUCCCAAGAUUAUAAGCUUCUUGUCUUAUGAAGAACCUUUGGGCAUCAGUUUAAGCACCAGUGCUCUUUUAUUUUCAUUGGCAACAGUUAUGAUAUUAGGAAUAUUUCUGAAGUACCACAAUACUCCCAUAGUGAAAGCCAACAACUGUAGCCUUUCUUACAUGCUUCUUAUUUCACUCAUGCUAUGCUUCCUUUGUGCAUUGCUCUUCAUUGGACAACCAAAGAAGGCAACAUGCUUUCUCCAGCAAAUAGCCUUUGGCAUUGUCUUCACAUUGGCUGUUUCUUGUGUGCUAGCAAAAACCAUCACUGUGGUUCUCAUUUUCAUGGCAACCCAACCAGGAUCCAGGCUCAAAAAAUGUGUGGGGAACAGCCUGUCUUGCUCUAUUGUUCUUUCUUGCUCUUUUUUUCAAGUAUGCAUCUCUCUGGUGUGGAUGGCAACUUCUCCUCCUUUCCCAGAUAUGGACAUGCAUUCAGUACCUGAAAUAAUUGUUUUAAAGUGUAAUGAGUCAUCACCAAUCAUGUUUUAUUGUGUCCUGAGCUAUAUGGGUUUCCUGGCAAUAGUCAGCUUCACUGUGGCUUUUUUUGCCCGCAAGUUGCCAAAUAGUUUUAAUGAAACCAAACUUAUAACAUUCAGCAUGUUAGUGUUUUGUAGUGUUUGGUUCACUUUUGUCCCCACUUACUUGAGUGCCCAAGGAAAAUAUAUAGUAGCUGUGGAGAUCUUUUGCAUCUUAUCCUCCAGUGCUGGAUUGUUGGGUUGUCUCUUUUUUCCCAAAUGCUACAUUAUUUUGUUGCAACCUGAGUUGAACAAGAAACAAUUCUUAAGAAGAAAGCAGUAGAGAACCUUCUUUCCUUUUAAAAGCAUGCUAAACUCCUUCAAAAUGCAUAGUACACUAGGAAUUUAUUGCUAUGAUGUGAAAAAUAUUAAAUAAAUGCACACCUCUACAUAGGUGCUCUAACAAAAUGAAGCAAUUAA